UGUGCUCACUGCAAUGCCUUGCACUUUAAAGGGGAACGUUUGGUCAGGUCUGGCAUUAGGAAUCCUAGAUUUGGGAUGUGCUGUUUACAAGGGAAAAUUAGCCUGCCACUACUUCCGGAACCACCCAAUACUUUGCGGAAGCUAUUGAUGGAUCCUUCUACUAGGUCACGUAACUUUCGAACGCAGAUCCGGCAGUAUAAUUCAGCAUUUGCGUUUACUUCAGUGGCAUUAAAACUGGAUGAGAACCUGCUGAAUAGAAGCGGGCCAUAUUCUUUCCGUCUUCAUGGUGCACUUUCACAUCGGAUGGGUAGCCUUCUUCCUGAUGAUGGACAACAACCAUCAUAUGCACAGUUAUACAUUCAUGACCCUCAAGCUGCUUUGGCCACUCGGAGUUUACGUAACCCUAACUUGGACCAUACUAUCUUGACAGAACUUCAGGCUAUGCUUCAUGAAGUCAAUCCAUAUGUGCCUCUUUACAAACAGGCCUAUGAGAUUCUACAUGACAAGCCACCAGAUGAACAGGCAAAUAUUUCUGCACGGAUCGUUGUAGAGCCAAACACGGACCAUCGCAGGUACAACAUGCCUUUAGUAGAUGAGGUAGCGGCAGUCAUUCCUGGAAGUGGUGAAGAAGUCACACGUGAACAUCGGGAUAUUAUAGUAUGGCUACGUGGUGGACAUUUGCAAAGAAUCAGUCACCUCAAUCCAGUCUAUUCCCCACUACACUACAUUCUUAUGUUUUCCCAUGGCGAACAAGGCUGGCACACAAAAAUUCCAGUCACAGGAGAUCCAGAUCAGAGAACACGUAGCCCUUGGGUCAGUCAGCGAUGUUAUUAUGCAUACCGGCUCCAUCCUCGGAUUCUAGAGCCAGACACCAUCUUUCGCUGUGGAAGGCUAUUUCAACAGUAUGUUGUGGAUGCAUGGGCAUCAAUCGAGACAAGCAAUCUCCAUUGGGUUCGGACUCAUCAAAAGGAUAUCCGGGCAGACACUUACCAAGGCAUUCGUGAUGCAGUAAACAAUGCAGAUGUUAAUCCAGAUCUAGCUCAACAAGGAACCCGUAUCAUUCUUCCUUCAACACAUUCAGGUAGCGCACGCCAUAUGUACCAGCUUUUCCAAGACUCCAUGUCAAUUUGUCGGCAUUGUCGGAAACCUGAUCUGUUUUUGACAAUGACUGCCAAUCCAAACUGGCCUGAGAUCCAACAGGCCCUUUUGGAGCUAGAUCAUCCUAUUGGUAAUGAUCCAAAUAACCCACCAAAGCGACAAACAGCUGCAGAUAGGCCAGAUAUUGUGGCACGGGUCUUUAACCAAAAGAAGAAUGCCUUGCUUAAGGAGAUCAAG